UUGCUUCCAAAAGGGGCAGACUUUUGGCAAGUGCUCCGGAUUCCCUGCCUUUACCGACGUGCGCUCCUCGAUACCUGUCCCUCCCUUCAACUUCCUCUCACUUUCCCUCUCUCUCUCUCUGUGUCUGCAAGGCUUUGCAUUUUCUGUUACAGACACAAUUUAAACAUGUCGUUUUCCUUAGUGUAGUCAAAAUCUCAUACCAAACCACAUUUGUCACUGUCGAAAGAGUGGCCUAUUUAUGUAGGCGCCUUCACCACUUGGGUUUUACGUUUGGCCCCCAAAGUUUGAAAAUUGAAGUGGGUUUACGUUUAUAGCUUUGAACUGGAAGUAGGUUUUUUGUGUUAUAGUCUUGAGACUCUCAGCAGCUGCAGUAGAAGAGGAAGUUUGGUGCAAGAAACCCCUGGAUAAGGAACUCUGAGUCCCAAUUUCUCUUUCAUGGGGACGAUGACUGCAUCUUCUACACUGCCCAUUCCACAUGAAUCAUCUAACUUUGAUGAGGUUUCCAUGCAGCAGAGCUUGCUUUUCUCUGACAGUCUCAAGCACGUUGUAAUUCAGGAUCUGAAAAAUUUGAGAACACAGUUAUACUCAGCAGCCGAGUAUUUUGAACUAUCAUACACCAAUGAUGACCAAAAACAGAUAGUGGUAGAAACAUUAAAAGAUUAUGCCAUUAAGGCUCUUGUAAAUACUGUGGACCAUUUGGGUUCUGUUACAUAUAAGGUUAAUGAUCUCUUGGAUGAGAAGGUUGAUGAAGUUUCUGGAACGGAUCUCCGUGUAUCUUGCAUUGAACAGAGAUUGCGGACAUGCCAAGCUUAUAUUGAUCACGAGGGCCUUUCCCAACAGUCACUGGUGAUAAAUACUCCUAAGUACCACAAGCGCUACAUCUUGCCAGCUGGGGAGACCAUGCAUGGUGCGAAUCAUACCAAGGGUUGCAGCCUAGAUGAUGAAGAUGAAUGGCAUCAAUUUAGGAAUGCUGUUCGAGCUACAAUUAGAGAAACCCCACCAUCCAUGGUCAGUAGAGGGCGUUCACCCUCACCUUCUGCACGUCCUUCCCAACGAUCAGCAAUUUUUUCCUUCACUUCUACCAUGCCCAAAAAAGAAUUAGAGAAGCGAACAGUUUCACCAUAUCGGUUUCCACUUUUACGUUCCGGAUCUCUUUCAAAUAGGUCCGUGACCCCAAACUCAACUCGGCCAACUACACCAAACUCAAGUAGGCCGACCACUCCAAUUCUUAAUGGAAGAAGACGGUACCCUUCAGAGCCUCGAAAAUCCGCUUCGAUGCGAUUACCUGCGGAAAGAGAAAAUGGCAAAGAGAUUGAACAAUACCCUAGCAAAAGUAAACGUCUCCUGAAAGCCUUGCUUAGCCGACGCAAGUCUAAGAAAGAUGACAUGCUAUACACUUACUUGGAUGAAUACUGAAAAAAUGGAAUACAAUGGACUGAGAAGGAAGCCAUGGGAGCAGGGCUAGGGCUCUGGACUUUUGUUUUCAGUUUUGCCCUUCUCUUUGAUACUCCUUUUGUAUCUUUUCCUUCUGAGUGGUAGAUUUAUACAGUAAAAGUAUUUUCUCUUUUUUUGUUUCUUCCCCCUUUCUUUGGAACCCUAAAGAAAUUUAAAUGACAAUAUGUAUCAUUCUUAGUUAUUUUACAGUAAUGUAUUUCGUCAGCCAUAUUAUGUAUGGUAUUUUUUUAUAUUGAAAAUGUAUAAUGUGGAGCACAGUCAUAUAUUGAUUUUAAGGAAGGUUUGUCCUUUUUGCUA